UUGCAGACAAGACGGUACUUUCAGAACUGGACUGCGUUACUAUGAAAUGCUCUACAACACGCCUUUCUUCCUCCAACAGCAAGGGCACCAUCGCUCGUGAAAGACGGCGCCCGCGCUCCCUCAGCCACCCACCCUUUCGCCAGCAUGCAGCCAUUGCGGCGCUUCUUCGCGAAAUCGGCGACCGAGAUGUCCUGGGUUAUUUGUUUUGUAUACUAUGGAUCCAAUGGAUCCUGACGGCAUCGCAACGACACCGAGAGGAGAUUCUCCGCUCGGCGAGUUCAUGAACUGCCUCCCAUCAACGAUGGGAUAGCCCACAAUCACGCCGCCAUCUCGAGAUCGAAAAUAUCGAGAUCGCGACCUCAAAGUGAGCCGCUGGCUGGGUUACCACACCCCGUAGACGAAUCGUCGC